CCAACCAUCCCACUCGCCGCAUCUCUUUUGUCUCUCUCUCACACACACACACACACACACACACUCACACACAGAGAGAGUCUGAUUUAACAGCCUCACUCAGCAGAGUGAUGAAAAAACAGAAGAGGGAGGGGAGGAAAAGGUUUUGGUCACAUGGCCACGCAGUCAUUUUGAAAAUAUGCUGGUGGGUUCCAGCCCACAGGAACACAUAUAAAAGCCCUUCAGAGUGAGCGGCUGCGUGCACGCAGCCAGCAUCACUUUUCAACAGCCCUCAGAUCGACUCUGCAGCAUCUGGCUGGAGAAUUCAAAACAGGAGGCGAGAGGGGGACGGCAGCAAAAAUGACUGAAGGAGAAAACUCCACAAUUACAGACACCACCACCACCACCUUUAAGGGCACCCGAGACUCCAACGCCUCGCUAUGGGACCAAAUCACCGCCAAUGACAUCAUGUCCAGAGCCAACUACAGCUACAGUUUCUUUGCAGGACUUGGAUUCCUGGCAGGCUGCUUCGUAAUCUACAACUUCAUCCAGACCUACAGAGCCCACAGACGGCUGGCCUGGCUCCACUGCCUGCUCUGGUCCUUCUGCUGCUUCCAGCUGCUCCUCCUGCUCCUCUCUCUCCACGCUGUGGCCUACAGACCUCAUCACCUGCACACCACAGCCCUGAGCUGUGCAACACUUUCCUUCUUCAUCAACGCGGCCUCUCUGUGCGGCCUGUUUGUAUUAGUGCUCAUGGCAUAUGUUCUGACCCUGGAUCCUCCAUCCAACGCCCUCUUGAGGAAGCCUUGGGUCUGUGCAGGUCUAGUGAUCCUAGCUUCUGUGCUGAUUUCUUUGAUCCUGGCUGGGAUCCGUGGACCGAGUGACGGUCUGGCAGAGAUCGACAGGUGCUCCAUGGAUCCAGUCCAGGCCGGUGUUUCGUAUGCAGCAGCAAAGUUGGGCCUCAGCUUUUUGAUCCCCUACAUUCUCCAGUUAGGUCUUCUCUUCAGCGGCUGUGUCCGGCAGUGGAAAUCUAAAGGAAGAUUCCUCUCGGGCUCGGAGGAAGGUCCCAUGUUCCUGACAGUGACUAUAGUCAUGUUCUUUUGUCUGCUCCUUUAUGUGGUGACUCUGCUAAGAGCAGCACAGCGCCACACAGAGGCAAAGCUGAGUGUCUAUGAGCUGGCGUUUAUGAGCGUGGCUGAGUUUGUGAUGUUCUCAGGGAGCAGCGCCACCUUGCUGCUGGUGCUGGUCAUGCACAGACCAUGUCGAGAGAGUCUCCAGGGGAUUUUCCGGCAGCUGAAGGACUGUUGUCGAAGCCCAGGGCGAGCGCAACCCAACAGAAACAUCAUCGCUCCACAUAUCGAGAUCACAGACACACUGCAGGACAUCGAGUCAUAGAGGAAGAAAAAAAAAACAACUCUGCUGUCGUCAGAACAAAACUCUUCCAGUACAACGAAAGGAAAAACUUUGUAAACCUGAGGUUAAAAAAAAAAAAACUUUGGCUCAGAUUAGAUUCAGCCAGAGUCCAAAAGACUCUGACUUCACAAACUCUGAUAUGUUUCAGAGAAUAAUAACAUUAAACACAUUAUUUAUGUUUUGUGUCACAUUGUUUAGGACACAAUGCAGAAUGGCAUUGAGUUGAAAUAUCUGACUUUUUUGUUAAAUAGGACAAAACACCUUAAAAAAAAUCUGGGAUUGAGCUCAGGAAUUUAAAAUUAAAAGAAACAAUGAUUUAUAUCAGACCCUCAAGAAAAAACAAAGUUAAUUAUGUCAGAUCUUAGUCUGACUUAGUUGGACUUACGGUAGUCUUGGAAUGCUCAACCCCCUGUCCCACAAAAACAAUUAGGUUUUCUGAGGGGAAGGAUCUCCAUGUGAAAUCCUGAUGGCGGAGACGUUUGGUCACUAACUGUCUCUGUUCUCACUGACCUGUUCUGUUUGUAUUUCUUUAUGAGUUAAUGUAAAAGAAAAUCUAGUUACAUGCUUUGUGUCUGAAGUUGCCAAAAGUUAUCAUUUAUUUUGUACGAUAAUAUUUUAAUAAAUAAACAUUUUGCUAAACAUCA